CCUUUGUUACAGCAUCAAAUAGAAGCGAGAAAGCAAACGUCAUCGUCAAGUUCAAGUUCGAAACAAAUGCCUGCCAGAUAAGCGAAGAAAAGAUGAGAGCGUUGAAGGAGCAGUUCUACGCGAGGCUUCGAGAAACAACAAAACACAUAAAUGGCCUCUGCGACCCCAGCCGUGGCUGCACGAUGGAAAAAGUUUCCGUCAAAUGCAGAUCUAAGAAUUUCUCGAGCAGUACCACUACUGCUACAAAUGGCCAGCGGCCGGAGAGAAGGCUUACGAAAAGGCAGGCUCAGGGCGGAGACGGUGAAGACGAGUUCGAACUCGUGAUCUCUUUCGAUUUCCCGCUGGGCACCGGCUUCAACGCCACACAACUGAUUGACGGUUGCGAGGAUUGCAAGAACACUAGCCUGGUUCACCCAAGCGACGCGGAAACGACAGCAUUGGGGCGGGCGAUAGAAGCGGCCUUGAGCGAAGUGGUCGGAACUACAGUUGACAGAACGUUUCCUGGAGCGUCACUGGUAGAGACCACGCAUGCCGUAAAGUCUGCUUGCCAAAGAGGGCAGGUUUCCAAUGGACUGCGCUGUGUCAAUUGCCCUGUGGGGACCUACUACUACGAGACCGCCUGCGUGACGUGCCCUAUAGGAACGUACUCCGACAAGGAAGCCGCUGAAUCUUGCGUUCCAUGCCCGGACAACAAGACAACGCUGGAGGGAAAGACGGCCUCCGUGUCUGAUUGCCUAGCUCUGUGCGCGCCUGGCACGUGGUCGAGGACCGGCAAGGAGCCUUGCAUAGCGUGCGAUCCGCACUCUUACCAGGACCAAGUUGGUCAGCUCUCCUGCAAGAAGUGCACCCUGGGCUUGUCAACGGGAUACUGGGGUGCCGCCUCUUCAUCCGAAUGCCAAGGUGUUUGCGACCCCGGGACGUACUCGGCAAGUGGUCUGGCACCGUGCAAGCCUUGCCCCCUUGGCAAGUACCAGCCGGCCGCGAACCAGACUUCGUGCCUAAAUUGCGACGAUGGGCUUGGAACGUACGCCAUCGGAUCGGUGAAUCAAUCUGACUGCGUAGGCAAGUGGAUUUCUCUUCCUUGGCUGUGA